AUGAACGAUCAACUUACCCUGGAUGACGUGCUUUUUGAUGAGACCCUUCUGGUUUAUUUUGUUGAGCUUCUAGCUGGAGAUCCCGCGGCCAUUCUCUUAACUUUCCUCCUGGCUGUGAAUGCUUAUAGGAAGGAGUUUCGCGAGCUAAUGGUCGCCGAUCACGAUGAGUCUUUAGAAGAGCGUCAUCGUCAGCUUCUACUUGAUGCUACAACAAUUUGUUCAAAAUAUUUGUCGCCUGCUUCGGAGGAUUUUAUGGGCCUCAAAUUGGAACAGUACAGAGAUGUUCUCGACGCCGCCUGCUCAGAAAACGAACCACAACUAAACUGUUUUGAUGAAUUAUAUAACCUAAUUCAUAGAACAUUAGAGAAAAAUAUUCUCCCCACAUUCUUCGUCUCGGUGCCACUUUCCAGAUACCGCGAAAAGUUUGUUAAAUCCUCUGGUUAG